GCAGAGCCACAUUCAGUUCGCCACUGCCAAGAGGAGCACUUCGCGUAACGGUCUACAGUUUCGAAUAUUUUUUUGAUUGUGCCCCAGUGUGUGAUUCAAAAGCAACCAGAAAACAAUGCUCAAGUUGGCUAUUCCCUGCCUGGCCCUUCUGGCCUUGAGUGGAGCUCUGAAGAUCCACGACUACCACCAAGGGCACGAGGAGUACGAGCACCACGACCAUCAUGAGCAUCACGAGCCGGAGCACCAUGUGAAGUACGAGCCGGAGCACGAGGAGACGGAGCUGCACCACGAAGUGGACCACAAGCACGCCACCUCGCACCAGAGCGUCAAGUUCCACCACUACCAUGCCGUGCCCGUCUACAUCAAGAAGGAGGACCAGCACCUGGUUAAGAAACCCAUCGAGAUCGGCGGCACCAAGCAGAAGCUGAAGAUCCUGCACCCAAAGAGUGAGCACAACCACAACCACGGACUGGUGCUCGAAAACCACAGCGAGUCGCACCACGAGCACGGCCACUACGAGGAGCCGGUACACCACUCGGAGCACUACGAGCACUACUCCCACCACGAGUAGGACUUGGACUACCCGAAUCGAAAAGGCCAAAACGAGCUGUGGGGAUUUCGUUAGCGUUUAAGGAUUUGCUACGUUAAUUUUCUUGUGUUAAUAAAUCGUUAACCUAGAGUUUAGAGUACCACCCAAA